UGUCAUCCCAAGAAUGUUUCUGAGAGCAAUGUACGUGAAAUUUGGACGCGUUUGCGGCCAGAGUAGGCUGUUGCUAAGCCGAUCCAGCAGGUUUGAGUAUAUCCUGAAGGAGGUUCAUUCAAAUAAGCGUUUGAGCCGCCCAGCCAGCGGAGAAUGUUCACCUGCGUUGAAUAUCUUUACCAAUCUCGAUGAAAUUUUCAAAUUUAAAGACACCAACAUCAGCAAUUGGAUCGUCGAGAGUAAAGUGCGAACCCUCUGUUGCACUUAUAAGACCUUGUCACCGAAAGAUAAAGAAAAUUUUUUGCGGACACUUGCAGUACAACAUUCCGUGGAUCAUGGACGAAUAUGUGGAAUGGCUCAUAAAUUAUUGCAGAUCAAGGGAAACGAUGAACGACAAGUGCUUUCGAAAGAAAGAAUCCUCAAAAGUGCUUUGACCCCGCAAUACCAAUGGUUGUUUAUUCUAAUGGGACGACUAGAGGAAGGUGUCAAAUUCUUAGUCGACCUUCGUACAGAUGUUUUGAGACUGCUAUCAGAAUCCAAUGAGCCUGAGAAAUUAGUAACAAUGCAGCAAUUAAAUCUCACACUACAUGAUUUGCUGCUCUUAUGGUUUAGCGUGGGAUUCUUGCAUAUGGAGAGGAUAACGUGGCAGAGCUCUUGUGAUAUGCUUCAGAAAAUAUCAGAUUACGAAGCUAUUCAUCCGAUAAAAAACUGGCUGGAUUUAAAGAAACGAGUGGGAGCCUAUCGAAGAUGUUUUGUGUUUACGCACCCCUCCAUGCCCCGGGAGCCUUUGGUGGUUCUCCACACCGCCUUAUGUGAUAUAAUUCCAGAGACUGUUAAAGGAAUUGAGGAAGCCGAGAGGCGAAUAACACAGAAGGCAACAAUUCCGUUGACCCAAGAAAACAUAUGUGAAAUAAGAGCAGCUAUAUUCUACUCCAUAUCAGCCACUCAAAAAGGCUUGAAGGGCAUCGAGCUGGGAAAUUACCUGAUAAAAGAAGUGGCGAAAGAAGUUACGAGGGAAUUUCCAUUGAUCAAUAAACUCGCCACAAUGUCACCCAUUCCGAAAUUUAGAUUGUGGUUUUUGGAGAAUAUUAAACAAGAUCCAUUAAAAAUCUUCACUCGAGAAGAAUCAGAAUCUCUAAAAAACGCACUGAAAACAGAAGAUCUAGCCCUGAGCUUGAAGAAAUUAUUCAACAAUUCUUUAUGGACGAAUGACUGUGAUCUGGCUGAAUUAUUAAAGACUCCAUUACUGAGAUCCUGUGCCUGGUACUUAUACCGCGAGAAACGAAGAAAUUAUGCCCUUAAUAACGUAGCAAAUUUCCACCUCCGAAAUGGAGCAAUAAUGUGGCGAAUAAAUUGGAUGGCAGAUCCCUCGCCGAGGGGUGCCGAGCACAGUUGUGGAAUUAUGGUGAAUUACAGGUAUUACCUCGAUGAUACUGAGAACAACAGUCGUAAUUACAUCGAAAAUAAUAUAGUCAAAGCAUCGGACGAUAUAAUUACCCUGUCAAAAGCUGCUGAAGCUCUGAGAACUCUAAUUAAUGAAUAAUGAAGUUUUGUAAAAAUGGAACAACUGAAUGAAAUGAUGUUUUUACUCCUCGAA